CUCAUUAAUACUUACCGUUCGUGACGAUGUGAGGAAGUUUAUUUUCCGACUAGAACUAGAAAGUAGGGCUAGGGUGAUUCAAAUUGAAUUAUUUGAGUGGAACUACCCAGUCGUGUGUGUAGAGAUGUAGAAAUAGUAAAUGAACUUGAACGAAAGCAUGAGCCGGCGUCGGCGACACCAAGCAGGCCGUGGUCGGCGUGAGCGAAUAAAUAGAUCGUGGUUAGUACCGCAGUUUUCCUCAUUUUUACCAUAGAAUUGUAUACCCACAUCAAAACCGCCGCAACUACACCAUGCCGCCCCGUAAGAAGAAGGAGAACCCCAAGCAGGACAAGCCUGCGCCUCCCCCGGAUCGCGUUGCGAAGGCAUCAAACAAGCCUGAUGCGGCACCGCCGAAGGGCGCAGCGGCUAAACAAGCGGCCGGGUCGAAAGCCAAACCGGGAGGUGGACCGCAGCCGAUGAAGGCGAAGCCGUCGCCUAAGCCCUCUCCGAAAGUCACGCCGCGCGGAGGAGGAGGACCACCAGUUCCGGCGGACCAGCAGUUACCUGCUUCGAUGAGUACUUCUAAAGGCACUACGAGGGGAAGGGGGAAGCAAGAACAGCAGGCACAACAAGAUGCUGAUCAACAUAUUGUCCCGAUGAAAGCACCAGCAGCAGCAUCUUCGAGUACUAGCAGUAGACCCCGCGGACCCGGAGGAGAAGUUCUUGUACAACAGGCGCAACAAGAACCACCGGUGCUAUGGAUUGCAAAUAUGUCUGGGUCUGGAAGAAUACAAACUUGUGAUGCAUAUUUCAGAACACAGAAAAAUCUCUGAUGCAUAGGUGCCAAAAGCUGCCCACUUUCUGUCACCAAAUUGGGGGAUUUGUCAUGCGGAUUCGGCAUUGCGGAAGCUUCUCGAAACCUGUGAUGCUAGAGCUUCCACGCCAGACCUUCUGUGUCAUGCAAAAACAGCAUGACUCUUCCAGACCCAGACAUUUUUACAUUUGAUAGGUGCCGCAGGUUGUAAACAACGCGAAAGCAUCAGCAGCAUCAGCAGCGUAUCCAAGAAAAAAAGCUUGUAGGUGUAACUUUCGUGCUGGAACAGCAUGACAAAUCCGUCUGGCAUGGGAGCAAAAACCUGUGAUGCGCAGAUAGUACACGAAAACGCCAUUGAAUGGACCCUGCAAUCCAAGCUCAGCAUGACAGACGCAAUCAUCUGGCAGGUUGCGCAUCACAAACUUACAGUAACAAUGUUUUUUUCUUCGAUACAGCUUCGAGUACGAGCAGUAGACCCCGCGGACCCGGAGGAGAAGUUCUUGUACAACAGGCGCAACAAGAACCACCGGUGCCGCAGUAUCAGCUGCAAAAAUGUCUGGGUCUGGAAACUUGUAAUGCUGCGUUGGGAAUAGUGAAUGCUCUGUACUGCACAAGCCAGCAUGAGAAAUAUCUGCGCUUCUUUGUGUUGCGUUUUUCGCAUGACAAGCAGCGUUUUUGCAUGACAGGCAAAACGGUCUCUUCUCGGACACGCAUCACAAACUUUUUGGUCAUGCCAGACAAGCAUGACAACUCUCGCAAUCUUCCAGUCCCAGACAUUUUUGCAUUUGAUACGCAGGUAACCAACGCGAAAGCAUCAGCAGCAUCAGCCGUGUAUCAAGUGUAAAAAUGUCUGGGUCUGGAAGAGUACAACUUGUCAUGCUAAAUCUGAAUCAUACAAAAAUCUGUGUUGCAUGAUUACCAAUAAAGCUGUUCACUUUUGAGAAGGCCGUGAGGCAGUUUCUCAUGCGGAAAAGGCAUGGUAAAGAUCUCACAGAAUCUGUGAUGCUAAGGCAUGCAUCACAGACCUCACACGUCAUGCAAAACGUGCAUGACAAACCUGGCAAUUAUCUUCCAGACCCAGACAUUUUUACAUUUGAUACCGUGCCAAGGAACAAGGCUAUGGCGUUCGUGAUCCACCCAGGGUCCAAUAAGAACCAGACCAGCUACAAAAAGCCCACUGCGGCAAAUAAAGAACAGGCGCAACCGAUGAAUCCGAAUAGGCCUGCGCUGUCUUUUUCGUGGAAUACAACCAAGCGGCAGAAAGUGGACGGAAAGAGCAUGCAAGAUAAAAAUUCCGUGCUGUUUGAAAACGCUUUUGCGCGGGCUGACGAUGAUCCUGAGGAACGAGCAGGCGAUGAGCAAAUUGUUGCAAAAAUCGAUUUUGAAACGGAGCAGAAGAACCGUCCUCAUCAAGAACCACCGGCGCCCGAAAAAGCAGCAAAACAACCCCCUCCCAUACCCCCCCUUGACCCGCCGACCACUGUCGCAAUCACGGAAGAAGAGGAGAAAAAGCUGAAACAAAUCGAACUUUUUCAGAAGAACAUCCUCGGGCGCAUCCAGGUGCGAAACGGGGGGAAGGACAUCGAUGGAGAGUAUUUACUAGACCCCGCAAAAAGCGGGGCGAGCAACAGCCUGGUACCGCAAAGAAAAUUCAAGCGCGUGCCAUCAGUGUUGGUCGGGCCCAGGCCGGCUGCCAGCUCCUCACCAGGACGAGGUAAUCAUCAAGGAGAGCAACAACAUGUUUCUUCUGCGGAGCAGGAAAAGCAAAGAAUGAAAAACUUCCCCGCCACCAUCAUAUUUCCGUUUCAGACGCGAAUUAACGGGCAACCCCACAUUAUCCUGAGCAAAAACGUCCCCACCCCAGAGUCAAGAUGGGGACGUUGCAACACAAACCGUAGAAGGUUUUGGGAGUCACGCAUGACAAGUUGCAGCUUGUAGUGUCGUCGUGCAGGUUAGCAAGGACAGCCGCAUUACAAAUCCAGCUGAUUAUCCUGUUUACAGCAUUACAAAUUUCAAAACACGAUUGGAAAUUCCAUGCAUGGGGCUGCGCAUCAUGAAUGUUCUUGUCAUUGCAAAUCCGCAUGACAACUCUGGGGUGGGGACGUUUUUACACAGGAUGCACAUCGCCUGGAAGUUCAUGGGGGCCCCGGAGCCGCAGUGUGUGCAGGUGGUGAAACCGAAAAACAUCGAUUUGAAGAAGGUGGUUGGGUAUCGACUGCAAAAGUGUCUGGGUCUGGAGAGUUGCAAGAUUUGUCAUGCAUCUCGCGGGCCACACUCAUGGUCUGUAAUGCACACAAAAGCAUCACAGGACUUUUGAGACCUUCCUCAUGCCUAUUCCGCAUGAGAAGUUCGGCUUCUGUGUAGCGAGAAUGGGGUAACUGUAGGCGUUCAUACAACACAGAUUUUUUUGUGAAGCAGAUUUCGCAUGACAGGCUUCAUUCUUCCAGACCCAGACAUAUUUGCAAUGCAUAUUGGCGAAAUUUUAACCGCGGCGAGGCGGGAGAUGAUGCGGAAAAAACGGAAAAUAAAGAAGUACAACGCGAAGAUGAUGUUGAGUAUGAAGCAAAAGGAAAGUAAAGCAGACGGACCAGCAGAUCCCACUGCUGGUGAUAGUGCAACAGCGGUAGAACAAGUAGAAGCUGCUGCAAAAGGCGCUGUAGUACAACAUCCAACUGCGGCCACAGCUGCGUCCACGUCUGCGAAGAAUCUCGUCUCGACGUCCAAGAAGACUACAUAUAGUACUUCCGCAACGCUGAAGACAAAGGCAGAUGUUGUGAAGAAAGAUAAGCCAGGGAGUGGUAGUGGAAAUCUUCAGAGAACAAAUGGAAGUAAAUCACGACCCCGGCCACUGAAAUUAAAACUCGACGAGGAUAUCUUGGGAAUUUUCGGACGGUACGACCGGGCUUUUAGAAGUAGACCGAAAAUAGCGGAGCAUAAACCACAUGUCAACACCACCCAAGAGCAGCAGCGGAAAAUGAUAAUCAAGUUGAAAGCGCAGAAGGCGAAGGGAGCACGCAUGUUGAACAAAGGAAAUUAUAAAACCGGGUCCGGGGGUUCUUCUGCGUUAAAGAAGAAGAAAACGAAAGCUGCUCUCAAAUCAAUGCUGCAAAACCAGAAGACGCAAAGCAAAACUAAACUUGGGAAUGAAAUUGUCGAGCCUGUUUUGUCUUCAAAAUCUGCAUCUUUGAAAUCUUCACCACUUGCAGCACCGUCCGAUGAAGGCGAUCAGAUGAACACUGCGGUGAGAAUUAAUGAUGCGGGACAAAAACUCGGUCAACAUCUUCCAGAAGAUGAAAGCGGGCCAGCAGCUGCCUCCUCCUCCACGGCGAAGACUGCUGCAGCCAACAAGGAUGUUGACACGACAAUAGGUGCAACAACACUGCCACUAUCUUCUAAGCUCCCGAGCAGCGGCACGACGACCAUCACCCGGCACACACGCAUUAUGGAUGUCUCAGGAUUGAAAUCGACAAAGUUGAAAGAAUUUGUGAUGCAUUAAGCGGAUAGUACCAGUUGGCGCCUAGUUUUCAAGAGGCGCAUGACAAAUUUGGGUAGAAGUGAAAUCCAGUUUUUAAUGCUGUUUGGGUAAGGCAGACGCCGUUUGUCGUGCUACUUUAGCAGCUCUAUUUCUACCCCUCGACAGGCUUACAAUCUGCAUCCCUUGCGUCCUCUGCAAUAGAGGCAAUUUUUGCGUUGCAUUUUAUGCAUCACAGACUAUUUCAACUUUCUCGAUUUCGAUUCUGACACUUCCAUACACAUGAACGGGUUUUACACCCUGUACCGCACGAAGGAAGUAUCCUGUGCAAAAGUAUCGUACUCGUAUUGCAAUCAUGCAUUACAAAUAUUUUUCUUAAGGUGAACCAGCAUUACAAAUUUUAUUUUCUCAUGCGGAGGAAAUUUGUAAUGCAUGUAUACGAGUACGAUACUUUUGCACAGCAUAGGAAGAAACCUUUGGCAACACGGCGAAUGAUAUUUGGAUCGGGCCCGCAAAAAAGCGGUUGUUUCACGUGCGCGUGGAGAUGAAAACUUCGAAGCCGAACAGCCAAAGCAGAACCAUUAUUUACGAUUUACGCCCGGAGAAACCAAGCCACAGAAUGAAGCCCGCCUUCGCAUGCGACCAGGCACUGUUCGUACUCGCGCCCAGCGUUUUGUGUGCUGCGAAGCCGGCGCCGCUAGUUUUGGGUGUUGAUAUCAAAUGUAAAAAUGUCUGGGUCUGGAAGGUUAGAACUUGUCAUGCUAAAUCUGAAUGAUGCAAAAAUCUGUGUUGCGUGAAUACCAAAAGCUGUCCGCUUUUGACCAAGUUUAGAGGGAGUUUCUCAUGCAGGAAAGGCAUGACAGAGACCUCACAAAAUCUGUCAUGCUGGGUCUCACAUUCCAGACCUCAUGGGUCAUGGAAAACCUGCAUCACAAAUCUUGGAAAACCUGCUGGUUCUGACCCUAUGCCGCUCCAGCGCCUGCGGAGGCUUGCCUCCCCAGUGAUAAUGGACAAUGGCAAUGUCGGUGCGGUUGUUUUAGCAUCACAAAUCUUGCAUUCUUCCAGACCCAGACACUUUUACAUUUGAUAGUUGAACCAUUUCAACAAAACUACAGCAAGAUGAACAACAGCGUGGAAGUAUCCUAUGUAAAAACGUACCCACACCAGAGUUGUAAUGCAAAUCUGCAUGCUGAAAAUGUUUCUCAUGCGGAGCUCCAUGAGAAGCAUUUUCGAGUCAUGUUUUGCAAUUUGUCAUGCUCCAAUAAGCAUGGUAUGCUAGAUCUGUGAUGCUGCUGAGCUAGCUCAAACAGCACUACACUACGAAUCCAAAUUUGUCAUGCAAAACAGCCAAAACUUGUGGACUUGUCUAGCCGAUUCCCCAUCUUGACUCUGGUGUGGGUACGUUUUUACUCAGGAUAGGAAGUAGAUGGAAAUCAAUCCUCCCGGUCGUUUUUGCCAAUCGAAGUGCGGCACCUGCUCUCGGUGAGGCAGAACACUUGGCAGAGACCGGGCUUGGAGGUGAAGCUUCUCUUCGCGAAGAAUGUCACGAAGGAUAGUCAUUUUUUCACUAGGGAUGUUUUAUCGCUGCCGAGAACAAGUCGACAAGGAGAACAAGGACCUCAUGGGGAUUUCGAUAUUCUGAAAACGGGUUCAAUUUGGCAAAAUUUCCUGUACGAAAAUCGGCACGCGUUGAAACAGAUUGUGAGAACCAGACGAGGACUAGUACCAGCAAGGAACAAGACCACAUUAACCAAUCGGGGUCCUGCUCUGGUAAUCAAAGGGGGCCCAGCAACAUCAUCUUCGAGGGCAAUUAAAAACUCCGCUACCGCACGAGAGCAGAAGAAAAGCGGAGAUAAAAAGUUGGAGAAGCUGUGGGUUCUGCCGAAGGUGAACAAGCGACCGAGCGCCACUAGAAAGUUGUCCUUGCUCCACCGGACGAAUCGGCGUACUAGAAACAUCAGCAAGAAGCGGGCAAAAACAGUAUCAAAACCGCCAAAACUUUCCUUCUUUGGCGCACAGCUGAAAAAGCGGCGGAUUCUCGUGCGGAAGUUGAAGGAGAAAGCGGAGAGAGCAUCACAAAGCGUGAUCGCAAUAAAGAACCAGCUGCUCUAUGAUCAGGACGAGCAACUACAGCGGGCUUUUUACCUUGGAGGUUCUUCCUUGGAACAUCCAGAAGUACUAGCAGAGCGGGACGAGGACUAUAAUUCUGAUUUUCACGACCUGGAUUGCGAUAAUCUACAAGACGAAGAUCUCGACAACCUUGAAGUGAUUUAUCAGCAACAGCAGCAGGAGGCAGGAAACCUGGACAGCAACUUUCAAGCCCUGUGGUCUACUUCUUCACAUAAUCCUCUUCUCCACCCCGGACCACCCGGUGGUGGAGCUGCGACUCCCUUCUCCGACGGUUUUUAUCCUGUGCAAAAGUAUCGUAUUCGUAUAUAUAAAUGCAAGUCUUGCAUCACAAAUUUUUUUCUGAAGGCAAAUCAGCAUUACAAAUUUUAUUUCUCAUGCUGAGAAAAUUUGUAAUGCAUUUAUACGAGUACGAUACUUUUGCAGUUCAUAGGCUUUUGUCCCCGACAAAGUUCUCCGACGGCGGGACGUCCUAUGCAGUGCAAAGAAAAGUAUCGUACUCGUAUUGCAAUCAUGCAUUACAAAUCUUUUUGUUAAGGUAAAUCCGCACUACAAAUUUUCUUGCUCAUGCUGCGGAAAUUUGUGAUGCAAUUUAUACUAGAACUAGUACGAAGCUUUUGCAUUGCAUACGUCAACUCGGCUGUCGAUUUCGCCGAUGAAGUUUGGAGCUUUAUCGCCGGAAAAAAUGAUCGAAGGUGAUGGUGAACAAGGGACUACUACAAUUCCGCAGUUUUUCCGCGUGCCAGAGGAGAAAAGCUACGAUGGUGUUGAAGAUGACUUUCUUGGCCGAAGCAUUUUGCACGGACGUGGCUUAGGGUACGACGAUAGCGAUGGAGAGGACGACUUGGAGAUAAUUCAGCAAAAAGCGAUGGAGAUGGAACAGGGUAUUACAUCAUUGGGUCCUACUUUUGCUGGAGGGGUAGGGGACAAGAAUUUGUUGGAUGACAAUACUGUUUUGAUGAAUGAUCUUAACGGCAGCAUGAUGAUGCCCACCAACAUCGCGGAACACCAGCAGCUUGCCAGCGAUGCGAAGAACGCGGCCUUCCCGACCACCUCAAAUCAUGUCGGGAACGGCAACUUCAUGGCCCCCCCACUGGACAACUCGGCACAAGAACAUCAACUGGACGAUUUUAAUAGCAUGAUGAAUCCACCCGGGCUUUUCUUCCAUCCACCUGCCGACGGAGCCGUUGCUCCUGCUGCUGCCGCAGACUACGGAAUGCACUACGGCCCUGGAGGAUUUAUUUUAGACGGCUCAGCUGCAACUGGAACUAUAUUGGCAGGAGCUCCUCCACCACCUUUCGCGGGAUUCGUCGCUUCAGAGGCAGCAGCUCCCGUAGCUACUGCUGCGCCGCCACAGUACAAUAACUUCAACCAGCCGCUUCCGUCGGUUGAUGAAAACGAGCCACUUGUUUUGAACGACGACAACCCCUUUCCUGAGUUGCAGUUGAGCAGUGACAAGACCACUGCGCAUGUUGUGAAAAGAAAGCUAAAGCGAGGAACUUCUACAACUGCAUCUGCACAACAAGCUGCGCAGGAACUACAACGACCUCCAGAGGCAGUAGAGCGACAUCAAACUGUCGCACCACCCCCGCCUCCGAUCGUAGAUGACGAAGAAGCAGUGCUCGCGCAGGAUUUUUUGGAAGACAAGGAUCAGCUUAACCUAACCGGCGAGGAGAACGAGUUGCAAGGGGCAUCUACGUACAAGUCCUCGGCGGAAAUUAUCGAAGAUUUGGAAGAAUUAUGCAUUGCAAAAACGUCUGGGUCUGGAAGGAUGCAAGGUUUGUCGUGCUUGUCUGGCAUGACUGAAAAGUCUGUGAUGCGUGUCCAACAAGAGACCCCUUUGCUUGUCAUGCAAAAACGCAGUUUGUCAUGCGGAAAACGCAACACUGUAUGUAGCCCCGCAAAUAUUUCUCAUGCUUGGCUGUGCAUUAGAGAGCACCUAUGAUUCACAACUCAGCAUUACAAGUUUCCAGACCCAGACAUAUUUGCAUUUGAUAUGAAUUUUUCGAAGAAAACGAAGUAGAGGAAGAACAGCUAGACCCCGAUAUCCUAAGCAAAAACGUUCCCACACCGUAGUCAAGGUGGGAAUCUAGCAACACAAAUCUCCAAGUUUUGGGAGCUGUGCAUGACAAGUUUUCCCCUGCAGUGUAGUGCUGGUUGGCAAGGGAAGCCGCAUGAGAAAGCCAUUUGUUCAUCCUGUUCACAGCAUUACAAAUUCCAAAACGCGAAGAUUGGUAAUGCCUCUCAUGGAGCUGCGCAUUACAAAUGUUCCUGUCAUUGCGCAUUUGCAUGACAACUCUGGGGUCGGGACGUUUUUGCUUAGGAUAUAUGAUGUCGAAAACCGCUUGCAGCACUUUCUGCUUGGCAACCCGCACCGGAGUCUGACCAACGAGCUGGACCGGCUGGAAAAUGACGAUGUGGAAAAUUUGGUCUACGCAGUUCCGGACUUACUCUUAGAUCCGGCGUACCACUUAUGCAUUGCAAAUACCCCUGGAGGUCUGGAAGGUUGUAACUUGUGAUGCUGUCUUCGGAUUCGAAGAAAAUCUGUAGUGCAUGAGGAGCAAGAAGAGUCCAUUUUGUUCUACAACGAGAGGGUAUAAUUUCUCAUGCAGAAUGGGCAUUAGAAAGGGCUCUAAAAAUCUGUGAUGGUAGGGCAUACAUCACAGACAAUCAGGGGUCAUGCAAGAUAUGCAUGACAAGUCUGGCAAUCUUCCAGACCUCCAGGGCUAUUUGCAUUGGAUACCACUACACCGCGGAAUGUCUUCUAGGAUCCAGUGCAACCGCCAUGGUGUAUCAACUGCAAAAAUGUCUGGGUCUGGAAGAAUGCGAACUUGUCAUGCUGUUUUUGGACUCUAAAAAAAUUUGUAUUGCAUGACCAGCAAGAGGGGCGCAGUUUGUGCUAGACGGACAGGGCACUUCUCAUGCGGAAGGUGCAUCAGGAAGCCCUCUGAAAGUCUGCGAUGCUAGGUCAUGCAUUACAGGCCUCAUCGGUCAUGGAAAACCUGCAUCACAAAUCUUGCAUUCUUCCAGACCCAGACACCUUUGCAUUUGAUAUGGUACAAGCGGGAACAAUGGCACCAGGUGAUGAUCUUCAUACUUCAAGGGGCCACGCAACGUUGGCGAACAACAAUAAAAUCUCGAAAACAAAAGCGAAGAACUUCUCCGCGGAAGAGAUGAUUCAGAAACGGAACAACGCGCUCCUCUGGGGCAGUUACGAGGAGCUGGUCAUUCUGGGGCACCCGAAGUUGCGGAUGAACCGCUUGAAGAGAGAUCAAUUCGGCCCGUUGGACAUGCUGAUACCGCGAAAACUGAAGCAGCAGCAGCAAAAAUUUUUGCGAAAGAUGUCGAACGAUCGGGCGGUGGACGAGGAGGAAGCAGACGAUUUGUACUUUCACGGAGACCGUUUUGGGGCGCAAGAGCACCAUCUUCACCAGGGUGCUAGUUUUGGAGGUCAUCAUAUCAAAAGGAAAAAUCCCCCCUCCCCAUAUCGAAAUGGAAAUCUGUGACGCAGGAUUUGGGUACACAAAUCGGAUUUGUCUUGCAGUAAGGCAUCGCAGCCAGAUCCUCGGCCUAGAUAGGGGCGCAUUGCUCUAGUUGCUUAGCAUUGCAAACGGGUGUCCCCUAGGCACAACAGCAUGCCAAAUCGCUUUCAUAAUGGUGCGGAAGCCUCUGCGCUUGUCUUCUUGCAAGACAGACGCGAUUUGUGACCUCAAAUCAGCGACACAAAUUUUCGGAAGCAUACCUUUUCGAUAUGGGGAGGGGGGAUUUUUCCUCAGAAUACAUCAUGGCGGUCAACUACACCACGAGAACUCUGAACAGCGGAAGUUCAACUCGGCGAAAUAUUCUGAGUAAAAACAUCCCCACCUCCCCAGAGUUGUCAUGCAAAUCUGCAUGCCAAAAACGUUCCUCAUGCGGAGCCCCAAGAGAGCCACUUUCUAGUCGUGUUUUGGAAUUUGUGAUGCUAGAAUAAGCAUGAUAUGUUAGAUCUGAGAUGCUUCGGAAGUAGAUAAGCAGGAUUCUACUCCGAGGACAAACUUGUCAUGCGAAACAACCAAAGCUGGCUGAUUUGUCUAGCAGAUUUCCCAUCUAGACUCUGGUGUGGGGAUAUUUUUACUCAGGAUACGAAAAUGAGUAGAGCCACUUCUUACCGCGAUCGGGUUUUCAAAAUGUUCAACAAAAAGUUCUACCAGGUGAAAAAAAAGCUGAAAAAACAAGAGAUAAUGCGGGAUGCGGAAAGAAAGAUCGAAAGGUUGAGAAAGAAAAAGGAACAGAAAAAGGAACAGAAACAAGCGGAACAAGCGGCAAAGAAAAUGAAAGCGGUAAUAAAAAAGACCACAGAACCUCUAUUGAAAGGAAAAACUCCCCCUCCCCAUAUCGAAAAGGCAUGUUUCCGAAAAUUUGCGUUGCUGAUUUGAGGUCACAAAUCGCAUUUGUCUUGCAAGAAGACAAGGGCAAAAGCUUCGGCCCCAUUAUGGAGCCGAUUUGUCAUGCUGUUGGGCCUAAAGGGGAAGGGCAGCCGUUUGCCAUGCUGAACAACUAGACUGAUACGCCCGUACAUAGCCUGGGGAUCUGGCCGCAAUGCCUUCCUGCAAUACAAAGCUGAUCUGUGUACACAAAUCCUGCAUCACAGAUUUCCAAUUUGAUAUGGGGUGGGGGGAUUUUUCUUUUUGAUAACCUCCCAAGAAAAACAGCAAACCUUCGCGCGUUUCCGUGUUGGCAAAAGAGCAAGAGAAGAGCGUUGCGGCGGUAGCGGAGUAUUUUGAGGAUUUCAAUUCAAAACUGCACGAUGUGGUGAAAGUGGACGAUUUUUUGCUGAGACAACACCACAAAGCUAGAACCGCUGCGGCAGCUAUGAAAGCAAAGGAACAAGCGACAGGUGGAACAGGAACAACUACAACAUCGAUGAAAAAGGAGCAAAUAACAACUCUGACCCCGAAGGCGACGAAUACUACUAAGUACCCCCGAUGGAAGAAAAACCUGUUCCAAUACCUGCGGUUCCAAAAGCCCAAGCCCGGGCAGCUGUUUCUCGUCUACCCGCCGGAUUCCGUCGGGAACGACAACUUGUUGAUGCGACAAGGCGAAUCCUUGGAAAGUGAGAAAUGCAGCAAGGCGUUACCGAAGAUGGCGAUGGUGCGGAUUCUGGAAAUACCAAAUGUGCAAAUAUCGAUCUCGGUCUGGAGGGUUGAUGCAAAUUUUGUGUUUUCCCUUGUCAUGCUUGUUUUGCAUGUCCAUCCAUGGUCGUGCCUGGAAUGCAUAGCCUAGCGUCACAGAUUUUUAGACGGCUUUCUGAUGCCUAUUCCGCAUCAGAAGUGCUGCCCUCUUCGCGGCGUAGCACAAACUGGACUCCUGCUCUCGCUGGUCAUGCAAUUUUUACACAGAUUUUUCAGAAUCCAAAGACAGUGCCGGAAGUUGUAUCCUUUCAGACCCAGAUCGAAAUAUUUGCAAUGCAUACACAAACGGGCGGAAGGAUCAGAACCGGGUGAAAAUUCUGAAAGUGGAUUUCAUAAAUGAAGAAAUCGAAAAGCAAAAAAGAAACCAACAGUCUUCGGACCUCGCGAAAAUCCGGAAAGAGCACGCGGAGACGAGUUAUCAAAGUGAAAAAAGCCCCAACCCCAUAUUCAAAAGGCAAUUUGUGUUGCUGGAUUUGUGUUCACAAACGAACUUUGUAGUGCAGAAAGAGCUUGUCAGCAUAUUCUGAGCCCGUUUGGGUACUAUGCAUCUGGCUGGCAGCUGAGCAUAAGAAACAAGUCUGAAAUAGGCGAAAACGCAUGACAGACUGGCUGUACAAUGCGCCACCUGGGUGCCGUUUGCCUUGUACGCAAGACGAAGCUGAUUAGUGGUCGCAAAUCAGCAUCACAAACCUCCUUUUUGAUAUGGGGAGGGGAGAUAGUUCCUCACAAUACGAGUCACUGGGCGGAACUUUUGGAGGACGAGGGACCUUACGCUGUUGAAAGACGGUAUGGAAGCAUCAAGUUUGAAAUCGACAAAGUUGAAAUGAUUUGUUAUGCAUAAAAUGCAACCCAGAAAGUGCCUGUCUUGCACAGUAGUCAAGGGAGACACUUUGUAAGCCUGCUUAGGAGUAGAAAUGGAGCUGCUAAAGUAGCAUGACAAAAAACGUCGUCCUUCCCCGAACAGCAUGACAAGCUGGAUUUCGGUUCUACCCAAAUUUGUCAUGCGCUACUUGGAAACUGGGCUGCAACUGGCAUCCAUUUUAUGCAUGACAAAGCAUUUCAACUUUGUCGAUUUCGAUCCUGACAGCUCCAUAGAAGAAAGAAGCACAAGAUAUUACUGAAGAAAAUGGACGCGAAGCUGAACCCAAACUGGAUUCCCCCCUCCAAGCAAAAGCAGGAAAUGAAAAAGAUGAAGAUUUUUUUGCCACCGGCUGCGGCUGGAAGUAGUAGUGUGGGUGCAGGAGCAGCAGCUCCUUCGGGGCAGAUCAUAGCUGCACCUGGCGUUUCUUCAGGUCAAGGUCAACAUCAACAAGUGACUACAACACAAACUGCGGCUGGUGCGCCUAGUACAACUGCGAGUGCAAUGAUAUACAAACCCCCCGCAGUGCCGCAUUUAUUUGCAGGUUCCACGACCAUAGCCACGACUGUCCAGGCUGUGAAGUUGAAAAAGGAGACGCUGUUGCCGCCCAUAGAAGAGGAAGAGGAGGGUCAAAAUGCGCCGGAUCAGCGCAAGUACGCUGUGGAUGAAAGCGACUCCUUUAUCCCCCCUCCAGCCGCACCACGGGCACCCCCUUCAAGAGAUGAUGUCGAAGCUCCUGCAGACGAGCCCCCUGUAGUUGACGCUAUUUUUGGUGUAGAAGAAGAGGAUGAAGAGCCACCCCCCGCCGCGCCAAGUCUUCUUCACAAGGCCGACGUUGCUGCCCGGACGGCUGCUGCUCCUUACGAGGAUCCGGUCGAAGAUGUUGUUGAACAACCGGACGGAAUGGUAGUGGACCUGGAAGGAGAAGUGGAAAAUGCAAAAGACGUUGAGCAAGAGCAAUCCGCUUCAGCAGGAGCCGAAGAUCUGGCAUCUUCCGUUGCUGCUUUGUCUUCCGCAGCUGGUGGUCGUGCCGCGACCGGAACAAGCAGCUCUGUGGUUCCGCAACAGAAAAAGAAAUCCAACAAGAGGCCUAUGAAAUGCAAAAGCAUCGUACUAGUAUAAAUCGCAUGACAAAUUCGCUCAACAUUACAAAUUAAAUUUGUAAUGGGGAUUUACCCUAACAGCCUAGAUUUGUAAUGCAUAACUGCAAUUAGUACGAGUACGAUACUUUUGUAGUGCAUAAUGCCGCGGAAGAGACGGAACUUUUCCUCUUCCAGCGAACCCAUGAGCGAAGAUGAGGACAGUAUCAGAUGCAAAUAUGUCUGGGUCUGGAAGAUUCCGAAAUUUGUCAUGCUAGUCUGGCAUGACUCUGAACUCUGUAUUGUGUGGCCGCGAAGAGCUCCUACAACUCCCUGUCAUGCAAAAACGCAGUUGCUUCUCAUGCGCAAUACGCAACUCAGAACCAUUACCAUGAAAAAAAUUUGUCAUACUUGGCAGUGCAUUACAGUGCGCUCACUAUUCAUCCCUUCCUUGCAUCACAAGUUUCCAGACCCAGACAUAUUUACACUGCAUAGACAGCGCGGAGGAACAAGUCUUUUCUGGUGCAGAUCAUGAUCAAGAGGCUGUUGUUCCUGAUGGUGACCAAAUAAAACCAGCCGAGGGAGACGAGCAAAACGAGCAAAGCGAAGCCGACCUCGGUCUGGACAUCGAGCUCAACGCGGAUCUGGCGGAGGAUUUGGAAGCGUUUUUUGGGGAUGGAAGUGCAGAUGAGGAGCAGCCAAUGGAUGACGGGAAUCUUAAAGUUGAUCUGCCGGAGCAAGAUGAACAAAAUCGCGACGCAGAACAAAACGCUGUAAAGCCGACACGACAGCAAGUAGUAGACAUCAGAAGCAAAGACCAUCAAAACGUCGUCAAUCCUCCAAGUUCCUCGCCGCAGCCAUCAUCUUCCGUUGCUGGUCGGGGGGAAGAGAGGGAGCCCGUGUUGAUGCAACAAAUUCAACAUCUGGGGCAAAGCUCGGGCUCAGGAUCGAGCUCCGCAGGGGUUGUGUCUGGGAUGAUGAAUGUUGUACAGGACAACGAGGGCCGUCGUGGAGGUGUGAAAAUGGAUGACAAAGAACUUCUACAUCCGCAAGAACUUGUCGACAACACCCCCAGCAGCGCCGCGAAUUCUUCGAUCGUCUCCUCGGCGUUUCCGAAUACUAAAUCGCAGCUUGGUGUUACAGGAGGAGGGAACAACAUUACCGGCACAGCAGCAGGUCCUAGUACAACUUCUGGCGGUAACUACGUCAUCACCAAUCCAGCACUAGGACAGGCACAGCACCAUCACCUCAUUUCUACUAUCCCGAACCGCCUUCCGUGGCCGAAGAACGUCCUGCGCAACAUGAUUGACGAACUGCCGAAAUACGCGAUUAUCCCAAAAGACAUCUACCGGCACCGGUUUUUCGACCCAAGCCUGAACCAAUUUUUCCACGCCUCCAACAAGUUUAAAAGGGAGUACCAGUUAGAAAAGCUCUUUACCGAGCAGGCCGCCGAAAAGGCGAGAGCAGCGGCGGCUGCAGCUAGUAGUCUUGCGCAAAAGAUGUUGAAAAGUGGCGUCCAACAACAUGCGACGCCCACAACUACAUUGGGAGCAGGAGGGCACAACGACGGAAAUGAAGCGGUUACUGUUAAAAAUCCGGCAGGUGCAGUUGCAGUUCUACCAGCUCCUGCAACAUCUACCUCCGUACACAGCUCCCCAGGAGACGUGGAGGCAGCAGUAGAGAUGACCCCCGGCGGAGGAAGCUCCUUUCAUCUCGGCACGCCCACCGGGAGUUCCGUGGUUGGGGCGGCGAGUAGCUCUGUGAUAGGUGCUAGGAACAAAGGGUCCUCCGCGGUUCUUGCCGGGGGUAAAAAACCUAAGUUCACUGUCCGCGGAGCUACACCGGUCGUCGCACAACAAGAACGACCGCAGCAGUUGCGAUCUGUCGGCAGCAAGCUACCCGCUGCAGGAGAUGUUGCAUCUUCCGCUGCACUGACAGCACCCCCAGCCCUAUCGAAAGGAAAAAUCCCCCCUCCCCAUAUUGAAAAGGUAUCACUUCGAAAAUUUGUGUUGCUGAUUUGAGGUCACAAAUCAUAUUUGUCUUGCAAGAAGACAAGGGCAGGAGUUUUCGCCCCAUUAUGGACGCGAUUUGUAAUGCUGUUGGGCCUGAAGGGGAGCCGUUUGCCAUGCUGAACAACUAGACACAUACGCCCCUAACUAGCCUGGAGACCUGCCCGCAGUGCCUCUCUGCAAUACAAAGCUGAUCUGUGUACGCAAAUCCAGCAUCAGAGACUUCCUUUUGAUAUGGGGAGGGGGGAUUUUUCUUUUUGAUAAGCCCUGAAGCACCCAGAUUCCAUGGGGUGGAUUUCCUGGAAAAAGAACACACCAGACACCACACUCUAUAUGAACUGUAAAAAUGUCUGGGUCCUCUGGAAGGUUCUAAACUUGUAAUGCUGUCUCUGGAUUCAAAAAAAAUUUGUAUUGCAUGACCAGUAAGAGGAGUAGAUGUGGUGCUCCGCGGAGAGGGCAUUUGUUUCCCAUGCGGUACAGGCAUCACAAAGUCCUCUAAAAAUCGGUGAUGCUAGGGCAUGCAUCACAGACAUCAUGGGCCAUUCAAAAUAUGCAUGACAAACCUGGCAAUCUUCCAGACCCAGACAUUUUUGUACUCCAUACCCUACUACGUCCAACGAAAGCCCGUGCCCGACUGGCUGCGGAAUUCCACCUGGCUGGCCACCUUGGAGGAGGAUCCGGGGAAGCUGAAGGAAAUGGUGCUUCAGCACAACAAAAAUCCGGCCCUGAAGCCGCACGGAACCACGAUUAAAACCUUUGUGGACUCCGCGGGAACCAUCUUCGUGAACGGUUUGCCACAAGCGGUCUGCAUGAGCUGCGUGUCGCAGUACUGCUUUUGGGGAAAGUACUUUGGCGAGCACAAGAAAGUUUUGGAAGAAGAAGUACCGAUGAAAGAAGAGGAUAAUUGCGUCGAGGGCGACCUAGAAGGAGAAGGAGGUGCUGGCACUUCUAAUGCGGAAGACCACGACGACCAGGCUGAUGAACAUGCUGCUGAGGAGGUCGACGGGGAGAAUAACAAUAACUACAACACAAAGAACAGAAGAAGAAAAAAAGCAACAUCAAAAUCUUCAUCCUACCAGCAGGAGUCCAUUUUCUGGCUGGAUAUGGACCCGCCGUUUGCGCUUCUUAUCCUGUGCAAAAGUAUCCGAUACUUGUAUAAAUGCAUUACAAAUGAUCUCCUCAGCAUGAGAAAGAAAAUUUGUAAUGCGGAUUUGACUUAAACAAAAAGAUUUGUAAUGCAUGAUUGCAAAAAUACGAAUACGUUUCUUUUGCAAUUCAUACUUGUCGAGUGGCAACGAGUGGAGGAACCCGAUCAUGUUCUAAACGACCCGAUGGAACUAUGGAAGCGUCAGGAUUGAAAUCGUCAAAGUUGAAAUAAUUUGUGAUGCAUAAAAUGCAACCCGCAAAGUGCCUGUCUUGCAGAGUAGGCAAGGGAGGCAGAUUGCAAGCCUGUUGAGGGGUAGGAAUACAGCUGCUUAAGUAGCAUGACAAAAGGCGUCUUCCUUACCCAAACAGCAUUACAAACUGGAUUUAGGCACCGCGAAAACUUGUCAUGCGCCACUUGAAAACUGGGCUCCAACUGGCAUCCAUUUUAUGCAUGGCAAACUAUUUCAACUCUGACGAUUUCAAACCUGACACAUCCAUAGGAACGGUACGUGAAUGAAUUUUUGUACAAGAAUUUCGGCAACGAUGGGGUCGACAAGACAACGGAGGAAGAGCGGAAAACCGCGGUGGAGACUUGCAAUCUCGGGCUACUCACCGGGUGGUGGCAGUUUACGAAAAAGGAGCAGAUCAACCAGAAGGGGCAGAUUGUGCCGUCAAAUCACUUACAAUCUCACCGGAAUAUUACAACAACUUCUAGAGCUACUGGUGUAGUAAACACGCCCGGAGGUCGUGCAGCAAAUGGUACUCCACUACACCGCGGAAUGAACAACCGGGUGAGCCCGGUUUUGCGCGAGGUAAAAAGGACCGAAAAGGUUUGGAUCGAUGAGAAUGGGACUUUCCAAUGUUCCGCGUUUGGAAAUGCGCAACUGCAGCUGGAUAUCCAAGAAAAAAACUGUGUAAGUGUAACUUUGUGAUGCGUAACACGCAAGAUGAUUGCGUCUGUCAUGCUUGGCAUGCAUCGUAGGGUCCAUUAAAGGGCGUUUUCCCGUACUAUCUGCGCAUGACAGGUUGUUGCUGUCAUGCCAGACAAAUCUGUAAUGCUGUUUCGCCAAAACAAUAUACACCUACAAUGUUUUUUCGUACGAUCUUGGAAGUGUCCAACGAAUUGGGCCUACGGUUGAAAAACCUGCACAACCCGAACUUGCCGGCCAACAAAAUCUAUCAGAUGCAAAUACGCCUGGGUCUGGAAACUUCUUGUGAUGCUGGUUGAGAAAGACGAAGACGCCUCAAUUGGCUGGAAAGCAUGACAAGUUUUGGAGAUGCUACAGUGUUGUCUUUUCUGCAUGACAAGGUGAGCUUCUGCAUGUUAGAAGAAUGGGGCUUUUGGGUAAUCUGCAUCACAAAUGUGAGAGCCACGCCAGACAAGCAUGAUAAACUUUGCAUCCUUCCAGACCCAGACACUUUUGCAAUGCAUAAAAUCGGGAUUCUGUCCGCGGACAAGAUGCGCAUCAAGUGGGUGCCGUUUUCUAAGUGGGUGAGGGUGGAAACAGGACCAACUCGUCCGGAGGCAGCAACUCGGGGGACGAAGGGCAGCACGAAGCCGAAGUAGAAGUAAAAAAGUUUGCGUUUAUUUUUCCGACGCCACCUUGUAAGUAGUUACUCCAGGAAGAACUACUUCCGGUUCAGAGGCGGAGUAUAACAAGUACAAGAUGGAUAUUACUGCCUUCUGCAGUGCUAGAUUACUGUCGGAUUUCACUACAACAUGAAUCGAUUCACGUCAAAUGGCGACAAACUAUAACCGUGAAAUUGAAUGGAAAGCACAACGCAAAAAAAAAAUCGCGACGAAAAAUAGCUUCACCGCCAGACGAUAGACUUGGACAGUGCAAGACGAGAACCAUUUAUGAUUUCAGGCUGUCGAAAAAAACCGCCGAUUGUCUUCAGACCCAUUCUCCGUGUGGAUACCUUUUUCGAAGUUUCCUG